AUGGGCAAAAAGCUCGGAGUCAAGAGAAAUCGUGGUAAAAAGUUCGUUUACAAAGAAAAAGAAACUGUUGAUAUCCCCAAAAAAGUCAAAUCUAAAAGUAUCUUCAGAGAUAAACGUCUGGGUGAAAAGAAUGAAAACCUUGGCAAAGAAGAAAAAUACUUGAUUAGAUUUCAAAAAGAAAGAGAACUUGUAUCAAGGCGAAACCAAAAAUUCGAGCUCGAUGACACAAUUACACUGACACAUAAGGGCGUAAAGCUUGAAGAUCUUGCAGAUGAUUAUGUCGAAGACUACGAUGUCGUCCAAUCAGACGAAGAAGACCUUGAAAAGCCAAAAAAACACCAAAAGAUUGAUGAUGACCUUGUAAAUGAAGAACACUUUGGAAUGGGUGGUGGCCAUAAAAGCAAAAAAGACGCUUAUGCUGAAAUUAUUGAAAAAUCCAAGCAGCAUAAAAUGCUGAGGCAAAAAGAAAAAGACGAAAACAAUGAAAUAAUGAGAGACAUUGAUAUGAAUUUGGGAGAAAUCACACAGAAACUCAAAUUCAAAGAUAAAACAAGGCCUGCAGAUGAAGAUGAAUAUGAUAAGCUGAUAGACGAAAUCAGGAUGGAUAAUACUUUGCAUUCCGCAAAUGUCAUCAGUGAAGAAACUGCAGAAAUUCUUGAAAAAAAAGAAGAGCUUGAAAAGCUUGGAGAAAACUGGGAAAUCCCUCAGGAAUAUGAAGAAUUCGCUCAAAAGAUGGGAAAGAAACCUCUUGAGAGCUUAGAAAAAAUGAAAUUAUGGAAUAAAGCUUACAAAAGAGCAAGCAGGGACAAGCUGCAAAAAAUUUUGGAGCAUUCAUUAAGAUUUUUGGCUUUGAAUUGGGAUUUGGAAAAAGAAUUCAAAAAAAAUAAUUAUGACGAAAUUAUCAAAUUUUUCUAUGAAUUAUGUAAAGAUUACCCAUAUGCAUCAGAGCAAACCUGCUUAGAGCUUACUACAGAGCUUGGAAAAGAGCUCUCUCUCAAUCUCAUUGCAUUUUUCCACAUCUCAGGUCUACUUUUUGACAUCAAUUUGGCAGAUACUCUUUCUUCAAUUCUCACUGACAUGGCAUCACAGCUUUUCAUUUAUUUCCCAUUCCUUGAUAAAUUACAAACCCGAAACUUUUUGCUUCUAGCCAAAGUCUACAUCGAUAUUUGGCUAACUCCAAAUAAUUUUUACUCUCCUGAAUGUACACGAGGCUUAUUAAGAGUAUUUCAAAAUCUUGGCCAGCAGCCUUAUAAUGAAGAAUUUAAUUUAAAGCUUCUCUUUUCUGAUCUCACAGAUUCCAAUCUUCACACUAUGGCAAGCGACCUUUUCACUGUAAUUCAAAAAUCAUUUUCCAAUGAGCCUGCAUUUUCUUUAAUCUUGUCUCAAUUUUUACCAUUUUUAGACAAGUCUCUCAAUAUCUCCUGCGAGCCUGUCACAAACCCUAUAAAAUUCAAAAUAGAAAAGCCUCAAGAAAUCGAAACUUUUGAGCCUUUUAUUCUUGACAGAAUUACAUCAGUUAAACAAGCAAAAGAUCCAAAUAAAGUUUUAACAGAAACAGACAAACUUAAAAUGCAGACCAAAAAAGCUACAAAAUUAACUAAAAAAGUUCUGCAGAAAGAGACAGAAGUGGAAGUCUCUGAAAAAUUCACAGAAAAUAAGCUUAGACAGCAAGGAAAAGAACAAAAACAAAACAAAGUCAGGUCAAUGCUUGACGAAAUGCAAGCUGAAUACAAAAAGCUUCAAACUACAAAUGAGCUUAAAAAGGAGAAGAAAAAACGCAAAGGUAGAAUGGCAGGCAAUAAGACAGAAAGCCACAGAUAA